AUGAAAGCUCAAAGAAUUGAAUGUGAAUUUAAAGCUUUGAGUCCCGUUAUUUUUAAAAUUUGCGUUUCCGUGUCAAACAGAAGUGGUUUAGAGGCUCAGAAAAAUCUAGCUAAAGAGCGCGAGAGAGAGCCCGGAAGUCGUCGUAGCACGUUAUUACAAAGCAUACCGCUUCAAAGCGCACAGGAAAGGCGAGGACAAACACUGAACGUAGCGCUUGAAAGAAAAAGUAAAGUCUCCCACAACUGAGGUGGAUUUGAUUGAUAAUAAAUAGUUAUCAUUAC